AUGGCAUCGUCGUCCGAUUCUUCCGUCAACCUUGCCACUGUUGACGCACUCAAGUUGCUGCCUGACAACUCUGCUGCUAAUUGGCACUCUUAUGCUUAUUCCGUUGAGGUGCUCCUCUCCUCUGUUGUGGUCAGCGGCUACAACCUUCGCUCGGUUGUCUUUCAGGAAGGCAGUGGACUUCAGCUCGUGGCCCCCACCGCUCCUACUGGACCUGCCCCCGCCCACCCUGGCGCCGAGCCCUCUCCCCCCGGUGAUCCUCCCACCUUUGCGCCGAAUGUGAACGACCCGCAGAGCUCGCAAACCGCCAUUUGCACCUACCGCACCAAUCUCCAAGAGCACCUGCGCCUGCAAUUGCAUUACGAGGACGACAGGCGCAUCUAUGACGACGCCGCUGCCCGCUACAACAAGUACCACGAGGACCUGGACACCUACACUGCAGAACUUGCACACUACACCACGAAAAUUACUGCCUGGCGGGUUGCUGAUCAACGCGCGCUUGCCAUUCUUCUCGCCACCAUCCCCUCCUCCCUCAAACGCGAGCUCUCACCUACCUCCUCCUCCCACCUCUGCGGCCAAACCACCCAUGCCACUGAGACGUGCUUCAAGGCACUCAAUGAUGAGUGGUUUGCCCGGGGCAACACCGGCACCCCUCCUCGCUGGUCCGCCCUCAACCCUCGCCCCACUCCCCUUGAGGUCCGUUCCUCUCCCCUCUAUGAACCUCCCUCCUCCACCCACGCACACUAG